ACUUAUAAAAUAACCAAAAUCCCUUUUCUUCCCAAAAUCAAUUUUAGGGUUUUGCUGGAAACCAUAAACCUCCGUACCAGGGGAAUCAAACAAUGGCGGAUGCCGUUUGCAGAGUGUUACGUGAUGGAGCACUUGAAGGUGAACACGCAACAUCUCUCACCAUAACAGAUUCUAUUGACUCUCCGUUCGGCCCAACUGUUUUUGAUUACAUUUUCACUCAGUUAUCUUCCUUUGUUUCCUCCAAGAAAUCUCAGUCUCGCGGAAUUGUGUUGGUGGCUUUCUCUAGAAGUCCUUCAUAUACUGUGGAAUUGCUCAAGAACAGAGGAAUUGAUGUCACUAAAUCGCAUGAAUGGUUGAGAAUUUUGGAUUGUUAUAGCGAUCCUCUUGGUUGGAAGGAACGGCUUAAAGAACAUGGUGCCAUUAAAAGUUUGUCUGUGGAAGCUUUACCUAAUGUUAGUGUUAGCAAAGACGUGAGAAACUUGGAUGAAUUGUUCUCUUUGAUUCUUGAGUUAGGAAAAGGACUUGUUGGAGAGGGUAAAACCCGAUUCUCAGUUGCCAUAGACUCGGUAAGUGAGAUGCUUAGACACACAUCGUUGUCUUCUGUUGCUAGACUUUUAAAUAAUCUUCGGAGCCAUGCCCAGGUAUCUAGUGUAUUUUGGCUGCUGCAUUCUGAUCUCCAUGACGUGAAAACUGUUGCUGCUUUUGAAUACAUGUCUUCCAUGGUCGCUAAUGUAAAACCACUUACUACAACAACAAAUGCAUUACGAGAGAACAUUGAUAAUCUUUCUUUGCUUGAACAAAAUUACAAACGAGGCCAAUUCCAUGCAUCUCUCAAACGCAGAAAUGGACGUGUUAGGGUUAUGUGUGAAGAGUUCUCUGUUGAGCAAUCAUCAAUCAAAUUCACAACUAUGUCAGCCGUGGAGAAUGCAGUCACACAAAGUCUUGUUCCCAAGGUGCAAUUUAAUCUGCAGCUUUCAGAUAAAGAACGAAGCGAUAGAGCAAAAGUUGUACUUCCAUUUGAACACCAAGAAACGGGGAAGUCAGUUCAAAUUUAUGAUGGUCGUAAAUCACUUAUAGAUGGCACACAUGAAGCAAAUGGCGUCCCUGUUGAGAAAUUGCAAAAACACGAGGAUUCUGGCAGGGGUGAGAUCAUAUAUUUUCGUGAUUCUGAUGAUGAGAUGCCCGAUUCUGAUGAGGACCCCGACGAUGAUCUGGACAUAUAACACCUUACAUUUUAUGUUUUGUUGGAGUUAUCAUGCUUAGUCAACACUGUUGAUCGAGCCGUGGAAUCCAUAUACCAACUGAUGAAGGAGUUAUCAAGCCAGGGCAUACGUGGCCAAGCGUUGUAAAGAUUAAAGACCACAUUUCCCAGCCAGGCAGUUCCAGACUUCCAGUAGUUUAGCUCGUGUAUUGUUUUAUUUUUCUAUGAUUAUAUAGGGAAUAGUGGAGUACAUUAAAAUCAUAUUUGACAUUUUUUUAUUAUAUAUUCAGAAUCAUCUUGGUACUAGUAGAUACUAAUAUACUAUAUGUAACUACAAAA